GUCGUAGAUAGAAAAAUAAAUAUAUUGCUAGCUAUAGCUAGUCACGGGUUUGCCCUUCCGAUGUACAUGUACAUGUCCCUUAUAAAGGACACCCACCCCCAAAACCCUAAACAUAUCACAUAGGGUAAUUAAGCCCCCUUCUGCUCCAAGAACCCUAAACUCAUCAUGUUCACCAUCAUGAUGGGUUCCUCUAAUGCUCCUGUAGCUAUGUUCUUCAUCUCCAUGCUCCUCAUGGUAAUCUCCUUGCCACCAAUCUACGCUUGUGUCCCUUGCUCUCAACCUCACCCACCUUCUUACGGUCCACCUUCUCGUCAUCCCCCGAUCCGGCCCCAUCCUCCCACCACUCGCCCCCCUUACCACGGUGGUGGUGGUGGUGGUGGAGGAGGAGGAGGCGGAGGUGGUGGUGGAGGUGGCGGCGGCCAUCACGGUGGAGGUGGUGGUAGCGGUGGAGGCAAAGGUGGCCACGGUAAAGGAAAAGGUGGAGGCAAAGGGCCGGGCCACGGUAAAGGCAAAGGUGGAGGCGGCGGCGGGAAAGGCCAUAAUAACCCACCAUCAAAGGGUCCAAAUAUGCCACCAAUCGUCCUACCGCCGAUCAUAGUCAACCCUCCGAUAACAAACCCUCCUGUGAUCCUACCUCCUCCCAUCACAAACCCUCCGGUGGUCCGACCACCUCCAGUCGUCAACCCACCUCCUGUGGUGACACCUUCGCCACCUUGCUCGAGUUGCUACCCCGGCGGCGGUGGUGGCGGCGGCGGAGGAGGAGGCGGCGGUGGAGGAGGUGGAGGUGGGGUGCCUAGUACUCCCCCAGCCCCGCAGCCGACGUGUCCGAUCAACGCGCUGAAGCUAGGCGCGUGCGUGGACUUGUUGGGAGGGCUGGUGCAUGUAGGGUUAGGGGACCCGAUUCAGAAUGUUUGCUGCCCGAUAUUGGGAGGGCUUGUGGAGCUGGAAGCGGCUGUUUGUUUGUGCGCUUCCAUUAGGCUGAAGCUUCUCAACAUAAACAUCAUCAUUCCUUUGGCGCUUCAGGUGCUCAUCACUUGCGGCAAGACUCCGCCUGCAGGAUUCGUCUGCCCUCCGCUUUAGACAUUUUAAACUAUUACUAGCUACUAGUUGGUCCCGUACGUGUUGAAUAAAAGUUGUUUAACAAAAGAAGUUAAGGUCACUUGAUUGAUUAAGUUAAGUAGCUUGCUGGGCAGUUGUGGUGUUUUUUUUACCCCUUUGGAUGAACUGUUUAGCUGUAGUACUGUUGUGGCUGGGGCAGUCGAAGUUGCCAUGAAUUCCCCUCGAUUGGUGUUUAAUGAUUAAUGGUUGUGUUAAUGUAUGUUUAUGAUUGAUGUUUUCAGUACUAAUUUGAGAGAUUAGUAUCGUUGUUACUUCGGAUAAUGUGCUAUAUAUAUAUCAGUCAAAGGAAUAGCAUCGGACUCGAAAGGCAUAAGACAAGGAGAUCCUCCCUAACUAGACUAUGUCAAUCACGUCCUCUGCUAACUUAGUUAACGCAGUAAUCAAAUCUUAAUCUGCAU